AACCAGAAAACAAACAUGUCGGUCGACGGAACAUUGGAUGAAAGUGAAAGAAAAGUUGUGAAUGAAUUCUGCCAUUUAUUAGAAAAAUCAAAGCAGUUAUUUAAUGGUUUACGAGAUUUACCACAGUAUGGUCACAAACAAUGGCAAUCUUAUUUUGGAAGAACAUUUGAUGUCUAUACAAAAUUAUGGAAAUUUCAACAACAGCACAGACAAAUAUUGGAUAAUAAAUAUGGGUUGAAAAGAUGGCAAAUAGGAGAGGUGGCAUCCAAGAUAGGACAACUUUAUUACCAUUACUACUUAAGAACAAGUGAAACCAAUUACCUUAGUGAGUCAUUUUCCUUUUACUCUGCUAUCAGGAUGAGGGCUUAUUAUUCCAAAGCUACCAAAGAAGACAGUUUGUCCCAAGUGCAGAUACCUGAUUUGAUGGUGAAGAAAUUACGAUAUUAUGCCAGAUUCAUUGUGGUGUGUCUAUUAUUGAAGAAAAUGAAAUUAGUCAGGGAUUUAGUUCGGGAAUUAGCGAAACAGAUUGAUGAUUAUACAAGUACAUAUGAACCUGAAGAUCAAAUGGAAUGGAAUUUAGUAUUAGGGGAAAUAAAGGCUUUUAUAGAGGCUGAUAAUAUAAUAAAUGUUGUUGAUGUUGAUUCAUCUACUAUAGUAUUAUCACAUCGAUUAACUCCACUGAAUACACCACCAGCUGAUAAAGGAGCUCCUGUAUAUUUAUCAUUGCAAGAAAUACUCAUAGUUGGUAACUGUCAUGAACAGGUGAAGUUUAGUGAAUUAACAUUAGAUAUGUUUAGAAUGUUACAAACAUUAGAACGAGAACCACAAGAAGAUUUAACUAAUCAAAUAUAUGACGUAUCUCCAGCACCCGGUCGACAAUUAUUUGAAAAUGGAGAUAGAAGCCGACGUGACAAUCCACAUAAAUACUUACUGUAUAAACCUACUUACGGUCAACUUAAUACCUUUCUUGCCUCAGCUUUUAAAGAGCUACCACCAAAUGGUGCAAUGUUAUUAUAUAUCUCAGCAGAUGGUUGCCUAGGAAAUGCUAAACACACAGAUGAUGCUGCAUAUGAUUUAGGAGGUGUUGUAACUAAUAGUAGAAGAGAAGGAGAAACACCUAGUAAAGGAAAACGACCCGGUGUAUUGAAAGAAAUGCAUUGUUUACAUCCAGGAGAUUUAUAUCCAUAUACACGUAAACCUUUAUUUCUGAUUGUUGAUAGUGAUAACAGUUCAGCUUUCCAAGGUUUCCCUACAUUAUUUGGUCAACCAUUGGUUUGUCUUCUAUCACCGGAACAAGUUCCUACAACCAUGCAAGAUCAGCAUCAGAAAGGGAACUUGUUUACAUUAUUUCUUCACUGUCCACUUAUGGCAUUCUGUUAUGUAUGUAAUAUAAUUGAUAUUCCUAUCACACUAUGGGACAAGUGCCAAAUGCAGAUAGAUAAAUUUAUGGCGGAGGCCAGUAAACUCUUUGUUAGAGCUCGUAAACUUGAUCAUUCCUACAUGCAGUUUUUCGGUGAUGAUUUUCUUCGAUUAUUACUGCUUCGCUUUGUGUUGUGCUAUAUUGUGUUAAUUUUACACAGAGGGUUUAAGGGACCAAGUUACUACCCAGUUUCACACCCUUCACUGCCUACAGAUGAAAUUCUUGAGCACCCGAGUCUCUACAAAAUAGUUCUUGAUCUUGCUAGCAUUUUAGAAGUUAGAGGACUAUUUGCCGAGCCAGGAGAAGGGGAUAUCAUUGCAUAACGUCAGUUUUAUUUAGAGUUGAAUCUUGUUAUCAAAUCUUUUUACACAUGAAAUCUUUUUCAUUAGCUAUCGCAUAAUCAUUUAAUGUUCGCAACUGUUUAAACAGCAUUUUCAUUCGUCUGUAUAUAACUAACUUCGAUUCCAAUCGUAAUCUUUUAUUGUUUGUUGUGGACAAAAGUCUGCUUGUGUGAAGUUUGGGUCAUUUCAUGUCAAAUCGGCCAACAGUUGUAGCUAAAUUAUCGUAUAAAAUUUCUUCCAAAUCUGUUUCAACACAGACCAAAUUUUAGAAAUCAUUUUUGACAAGGAUCAACCCUUGGAAUGUUGCUUCACCAAGGGUUAACUGGUGGUUGAGCCGUUUUAUCAUGGUUAAUUUGAUCGAGAAUGAGCCUUUUUAUCAGAGUCUCAUAACAUACAAAUGUUUUCUUUGAGUGGUAUUUAGCACUUGACACAUGUAAUAAACACAAAAAAACAUAAUAUGGGGCACAAUUACAAUUUUAAUUAAAGCGACAUUGCGUUGACGGGUCUCUCUGUAUUUUAUAUUCAUCAUCAUUUGCUUGAUAACACUGAGACAGCACUCAAUAUAACGUCACUUUAAUUAAAAUAGUAAUUGUGUUCCAUAUUAUGUUUUUGUGUUUAUUAUUAAAAUUGUUUAUCAAUGUACAAAUUCACGAUGACAGAAUACAGAAGUUGUUCUGGUUUUAAAGUAGCACAUGUCAGUGACUACUUAUGCUUUUCCAUUAAAUUUUAUCGUUCACACAUUCCACUAAAUCCAUAGGUUUUCGUUGAAAAAAUUUUGCUUUAUAUACCACAUGAUUUUACCUUCCCGUGUGGGUUUUACUGCAAAAAAAACUAAACAUAUCAGAACAUCUUCCGAAUAUUGAUGUUUGAUUUAUUUAAAUGGAAAAGCCCAGACAUCACAGAUUCAUUAUGAAGUAUUAGAAUAGUUUCCACAAUGCAGUACCUGACAUAUAUAUAUGCUAUUUGCCCUUAAUUAACCAACUAAAAGCCAACUGAAAUGUCAUUAGGGUAAAUUUCACUCUCUAUUUAUGAAUAAAACAAUGUGCUUUUGCUAUAUAGCUAUUCUUCUUACUAUGGGUGCAUACAUUGGAUCAAAGAAACACUGCUCUUUUUUUAUGACAGUUACUCUCAUAAGAUCACAACCUGCAUAUUAAGUGUUAAUUUGUUACUAACAAAUAAUACAAUUUGUACUUUAGGCUGAGCAUGAUUGAAACUAUUUUAAUAAUAGAUAAUGAAUGAAAAAAAUGUGAAUCUGCAAUGACUGGACUUCUCCUUUCAAGACGCUACACCUCUUUACAUUAGGUCAAUAUAAAGUAUAGAAUGGAGUUGAUCUAAUGUGUUAUUUCAUUAUUAACUUUUUGUAUUGAAAGAUUAAGCUUUAGUUGACUUGUUUAGUAAAUUUAUAUUCAUUUUUGGCUUACCAUACUUUGAAAUACGAAAUUGGUUGAACUAUUGCUUUGUCUAGAGACAAAGAGAGAUCGUCAUCCACAAAAAAAAAAUCAACAUAUCAAAUCUAAUGAAAUCAGCAGUUUAUUUUGACCCAAAUGAAGAGGUCUCAGUCAAUUCAAGUCUAGAAUGGCAGCACUUACUAUGUCUCAUAAUCUUAAGAAACCUAUGGCUUGCUUUUCAUCACAGCUCCAAAGUUAAUACAUAUUAUUCAUAUAAAAUGCUCAGAUUUUCACAGAUAGUGACCUUACACACUUGUUAAAUAAUGCAUUAUAUAUAUGAUUUACAAUUUUAAUAGUAUUGAUAGCGAUCAAUUGAAGGUCACAAUGAUUUAGAUACUCUAUUAUAUUAUUUAAAGUAUUAAAAUCUUUUAUUUUGACAUAUUAUUUAUAUGUAUAAAUUAAUAGAAUUAAUCAUUUUAGUGGCACCAAUGACAUGUGAUUUUUCUUAGAUGCUCUGUAGGCUUUGUUUAUAGAAAUUCAAUUAUCUAUUUACAUAAUCAUCAUUUACAGGCUAUAUCCAAACUAAAGGAAAAUUAUAUUUAUUGCCAAAAACUUAUUGAAAUUCUAAAAAUACCAUCAUUAUCAUUAACAAGUGAUUUGUUAACAACUGACUGUUACGAUUCACCAUCAAGAAAAGUGGUUAGGAUUUCUUUAUUUUAUAUUUGUUAAGCUUACUAACCACUUUCAGUCUAUAAUAUAAUUUUUCUGAACCAUAAGAAAUGUCCUACUGUUCAUUACAAAUAAGUUUUCCAGUUGUAUUACUUGACCUAAUUAACCUGAACAGAACAUAUUUUUAAUUAUGUGGUUGCAUUAAAUCACCAUGCAAUGUCAUUAUGAAUAAUUCCAAUGAAUCCCAUGAAAAAUCACAUGUGUGAUGGCCUUCAUUUUUAUAGUGUUAGAUUGAUUUAUUACUAAUAAUACAAAUAUAAUUUAUUUUAAACAAAUGUAAAUAUUUCUGUAUAAUUUACUUAGUUCUAGUCCAGAGUCAAUAGAAGUGAGACUUGUUCUCCAUCUUUUUGUAAAUUAAAGGUAUGGAUAUUUAUUAUCGUGACACAAAGAAAAACGACUGUGGCACUAAUCUGUUAUAAAAUGAAGAAAAGGAAGACAGGGUGAUAAUAGGAGGUCAAUUACAUUCGGCUACAUUGGGUUCAAUCCUCUACUUCCAAUCUGAUUGAAAUACAGAUCUAUAUUUCAUUUCGUUUUUAUACUUUCGAUGGCCUGCACUAUAUGAAGAUCUGACCAGUUGUAGUGGGAGGUUGUGUCGGGUGUCUUACAUGUGGAUUUUGACCCUAUGACAAGUGGAUUUUGACCCUAUCAUUUGAUUAACCAAUGAGCUUCAGUGUUUUAAGGGGUUUUUCAGAAAUACAACUCUUGCUUUGAAUUCUUUUCUAUGAAUGUCUACCCACAGUUCUGCACACUGCAUGCUAAGAACUUGACCCAACAGACCAUUUGAUUGGCUAUCCAUCACAUCUACCAAAAAUAGCUUAUUUUACAACCUUUCCAGAUCCUUGUGUAGUGAAGACAAAUAAAAUGAAAUUUUGAACUAUAAAAAACGAAACAAUAUAGCAUCUGUGUUUAAGUCAGAUUGAUGGUAAUUUGUGAAAAUUUGAGAUACCUGAAUUAAUUAGAUGUCGAAAAAUCUCCAUCUGAAAUGCUAUUUGGAUAUGAUAUCAAUUGGCUAUUACUCUCACUUGACCUGUAGCUAUUGACAAGAUAUGCAUGCCAUGAUUUAACUUAUUUUAUUGUCAAGCUUAGAAUGAUGUAAUGUCAAGUACUUAGACUUUUUUAAUGUGAUAUUUUUGUCAUAAUAUUUUUUCUACUUGCUUUUGAUAUGAGCAUGUAUGUAUAUGACGUACGAUUGUAUAAAGAGUGUUUCUUGCGUAAUUAUUUCUUGUUCUCAUUUAUUUGAAAUUUUGCAAAUUAUUUGUAUGAAUGUUAAGAUAUGGAGUCUAAAAUUACAUGUAAUGAUACUACAUUCCUAGACAAAAUUUAAUUAUUUUUCUCUCAAGAGAAUUACUAGUAAAGGACGUUAUAUUAUAUAGUGACUAAAGUCUUAAAAUAUUUGUAUCGGAUUAACUAUUAAAUUAAAUUUCAAAACAUUUUCUCUUAUUAGUUGGUAAAUAAAUGAAGUCCGAUUAAAGUCAAUUUUAUUUGUCUUUUGCAAAGAUUGUGGAGAAAUUUUGUAGAUGAUCAGUACCUUUUGAUAAAUUUGAUCACCUUGAUUUAAUGGCAUAAUUGUGUAGAUAUACCUCAAUUGAAAAAUAAAUUUAAAUGGGCUAAACCUCUUUUGAUUAAAGGUCAAAAUAAAGCAUUGUGUAUUGGUUUAAAGUUUUAUUAUUUAUGGGACAAAAUCUAAACAAUUAAAUUUUAUUGUCAAAAUAGUAAGCGAGAGUAAGUUUUUGGCUUAAACUGUCUACAGGAAAACACAAAAUCGACAUUGGCCUUCUGUGUGGACUUAAAAUUUUAAAUGUAGAGAGAUACCCAUUCAGAAUGUUUAUCAACACAUUGUACUUCAACACUUCUAUAUUUUAGCCAAAUCAAAGAGGUUUAUUUAGCCAUUUUAACAAACUGAAAAAGUAUAGUUAUGGAAGACUUUUAAGUAUUAUUUAUAUUUAUUGUUUAUGUUUAGUUCAUAGUUUCUGUAUAUUUUUGUUUUAUUUUUGUUAUUUAUAUACAUGUAGUUCAUAAUUUAGUUAUGAUUACUUAGUUAUCUUGCCAAAACCAUAUAUAAAUAUAUAUAUUUUACUUUAACUAUUAUGCAGCAUAUCUGAAUUAAGUAGUUUAUUGGAUAUUUUAAAAAUAUUUUAUUAAAGUUUUCAAGAACUUUUUGGUUAUAGGUCAAAUUAAAGUGUUGAACUGGAUUGAUCAGAUAUUUUAAUUCAAAUGGAACUAGGAAAUGAAAUGAAAUGGGGUUUAUUGUCCUACUGUUCUGCUCCUACUGGGCUAAUGAAGACAGGCAUACACCAUGCAGUGUACUGUAAGGGAAAUUUUGCCUGGACAGCAGCGCUACGGCCUACUCUUAAAUCGAUUUCCAACUGCCAAGGGAUCUCUUACGUGCACACCAGUGUGUACAUGGGACCUCUUUUUUUAAUCCUAGCCAAACGACUAGACAGCUCGAAUGGAGCUAGGCAUGCUCUGUAUAAUUAAAUUUUUAUUAACCCACAUUUAUAAUACGUUCACAAUUUGAGGAUGCAUAUCUUCCUCACAGUUAUCUGUUCAACUUUUCUUGUGAAUGCUCUUCAAAUAUUAUUAUCAAAUUCGCAGAGUAUAUUCAUUUGGUGGCAGAGAAAAGCCCCAUCGAAAUUCAAAAUUUCUCAAAUGCAAAGUUAAGUUUUUGAAAGCUUGUGAACAGGAUACAAGACACAUUUUUGAUAGAAUGUUUUAAAACCUGGUGGGAUUGGUCAUGUAAAACAUGAUAGGACAAAUUUUCGAAAGAAAUGAAUGUAUGGUGUAAUAAUAUUAGACGAUUGAUUAAGUCAUUUUCUGGUUAUGUGUUGGUUUAAUUCAGUUAUUCAUACAUGUAUAUCUCUGAUAUAUAGUAAGGAGUUUUCUGAAUAGUAUAGACAGACCUGUAAUAACGGCCCAUACUCUUAGAUGAAAGCAAAAUAAUGGCAAUAUGUGAUGAACUUGGAAGCUCUGUGCAUGCUUACUGUUGGACCAAAAAAUAAUUCAGUUGCUUGUUAGUAUUAUUACAGAUUCAAAUAAGCACAAAAGGUGGACAGUAUUUAUUCACAGUGAUUAUGGUAAUUACAAUUUAUUCAAUGAAAUUGAUGUAUGGCAGUAUUUACAGUGAAUAUGGUAAUAACAAUAUAUUCAUUUAAAUUAAUGUAUGGCAGUAUCAUUAUCAUGUCUUUGUUUCGUGUAACUUAAUGAUCAUUCUUUCUUUUCUUUUCUUUUCUUUUUUGUUAAUGUUUGUUAUUUAUGUGAUAUUUUAAGAAUUUAUUUACUUACUGAUAAUAAUAGUGUGUACCUGUCUCUUUCAAUAACUUGAUAAAAUUAAUCAAAAAUAGACUUAGAUAAAUAUAUUUGAAAAGCUUUAAUUAACAAAUGCCAUUAUGAAGUAUUGUCAAUACAAUAAAACUUUAAGAGAGGUUUUUUGAAAUACUUGUUGCAUAAUAUUGCUCUUCUUCAUAGAUCAAUAUAUUAUUCAUUUCAAAUUAGUUCUUAAAGCUAAUGUAUAUCAGUUCAAUUUCCCAGACUCCUUGCUGAGCCUGAUACUUGUACAUGGAGAUCAAUAUAUGUAACGUGGUCUGUAGUGCUCACGUAUUAAGACUAAAUAUCUUACUAGAUAUGGUCUAUUGUUAUUAUAUACUGAUAAAUUUUAUACGCAAAUAUUCAUUAACAUUCAGCUUGAGGUGUUCUUAUAUCUUAACUUUUUUAUAUGUUUUGUUUUCUUCAACAUAAAUCUAUGAAAUCUC